CGUUUAGCCACCCAUCUCCACUAGAACCAACAACAAACACUAGAUUCAACAAGAGAGCUACAAAAUUUUGUAAGCCAAAACCACCCAAGAAUUAAUUACUUUUUCACUCUUCUAGUCCUGGAUUGAAAUCAGACUUAGAAUUUUAUUAGACCCUUUUCAUAAUGUUGUUGACAUUAAUUUUCCCACCACCUCCUUCGAUUUUCAUGGCAGCAAUGUCAGUGAUUAGCUUCACAUCAUUAGCCAAUGCUGGGUUCUCAGAGCUGAGAGGAAAGCACAUGCAAUAUUCCAAGUUCUGGAAUUUCAAUUCUUCUCAAAAAUCAGCAGAAAAAAAGCAGAAAAUUCCACAACUAUCUGGUAGAACAGGCAUGCUGAUUUUGUAUGCUCCUGCGUUUCUAGCCGCUCUCUCAUGCUUGCUUUUUUUUCCCCAUCACAGUACCAGGCAUCUGUUGCUCUCCUCUGCUCUAACUCUUCAUUUUCUUAAAAGGCUUCUUGAGGUUCAGUUUGUGCACAGCUACAGUGGAGGUAUGAGUAUUGACACUGCAAUCCCUAUCUCUCUCAGUUACUUCCUGUCAACAGCAACCAUGAUUUAUGGUCAAAACCUAACCCAAGGGCUUCCAGAGCCCCCAAUUGAUUUGAAGGAGCCUGGGAUUCUCUUGUUUCUGAUAGGAAUUUCUGGCAACUUCUAUCAUCACUACAUUCUUUCAAAAAUGAGGUCAAAGGGUGACAAGGAGUAUAAGAUUCCAAAGGGUGGUUUGUUUGAACUUGUGAUAUGCCCCCACUAUUUCUUUGAGAUCAUGGGAUUUUUUGGGGUUUCUUGCAUUUCUCAGACUCUCUAUGCAUUCUCCUUCGCCAUGGGAACCGCACUCUACUUGACGGGAAGGAGUUGUGCCACCAGGAAAUGGUAUCUUUCCAAGUUUAAAGAGUUUCCCCAAACUGUCAAGGCUCUCAUUCCAUAUGUUUUGUAGAUGUCUUGGAUUGGAAGUGUGUUGUUAGAUGAAAUUUUAGAGUUCAUCUUAUUGCUAAAAUAUGAA